UCGAAGAAAUACUGAGUUGCUUUUACAAAGGAGCAUCAUUAAGAUCAAUAUUGAACGUUCAUCAUUUCAACAAAUCGUUACGUUGUUGUAAGUUGUUAUACACAGCACUAUCAAUGUUAUUGAUCCAAUCUUUUCUAAAAUCGUUACCGGAAUUUGUUGAUGAAGUUAAAUUAAUUGUUCGUGAUACAGGAGGCGACUACGAUUUCUUAAAAGACAAGCUGAAACAAGAGUUUUUCAAAAAAAUGUUACAGCAUAUUAAUAAAGUAGAACUGUCCAUUGCACUGGAUGCGUGGACGAUGGAAAACAUUCGAAAAAAUACUACAUUCAACUUUUGGUAUUUUAUUUUGGAUUCAUUGUUAGAACCAUUAAUUAUUUUCUACGCAUCAAUUAGAACAGCAAAUUUCCCAGCCAGAAACGCAUCAUUAUCUCGAAUGGCACCCUUGUUUUUUUGCGAACAAUCAUCGAAAUUAUGCGCGAUUAUGUGCACAACAUUUAUCCGAUUUGCGAGUAAGCUCUAAGUAUCUAUUACAACGUUUAUCAAGAUCAUUUGCUGUCAAUCGGACACAUCGACCAUUCUCAUCGAUCGCCAUGGAUCAAACUAUUGAAUGUACGAUUAACAAACUUGGCAAAGGUAGUGGAGGAAUAUCAGGACGAUUUAGUCAAGAAUUAAUCGAUGUAUGGACUAAUUCAUUUACUUACAGAUCUUUAAUGACAGGUGUUACUCAUGAAAUUGCAGGUUUAGAAACCGCCAAUAAUACAAUCGACUCACAUGCUGAAUGUACUCCAAGGCGGCUCGAAGUAGAUGAUGAAGACUUAACAACGAUUAUUUGCAAAUUAACGGAAGAAAAUCUUUUUACAUGUGAAAAUGAACAUUGUAGAAAAUUAUUAUCUGGUAAAAUUAUACAUGAUGAUAUUAUUGAUAACAUUUGCACAUCCUAUGAGCGUGGAUUGGAAGCUUUAAAAACAUAUAUUCAAGAACGCUUUGUUAUGAAAUUAGUGUGUUGA